UCAUGUAAUUUAUUGCUUAUAUUUUUUGGUAUACAUGCAAAAAUUUCUUUACUUACAUCUUUUAUUUAUGUUUGUAUGAUUUCUAUGUGAAUACACAUGUAUAUAUGUAUAGGUUUUAUAUGCAUACAAUGUGACUGCAUGUUAGAAUGUUCGAUUAAAAACUAAUGUUGCAAGAAUAAAUAGAAAAAAAGCAAUAAAUUAAAUAUUUUAUAUUAGCAGAGAAAGUGUAUGAUAUAUAAUAUUAUCAAAGACUUCUAGAUAUUUUUAUUUUUUAUUCUUUACACAGUUCAAUUUUCUAAUAUUUAAUUUGAUAAAGUAGUAUUUUCAGAUAACGUCAUUAUAUUAUAAGACAUCGGAGUUUAUGAUUGAAUCUAUAUUUAACGACUGCACUCGAUGAAGGGUUGUUGUAUGGGAAGGAUAUAGAUUGCAAUCUGAAUAAUAAAACUUAUCGCAUAUGAAGGGGGAAGUUGUACGAGUGUAUUAUUGUGGGACGAUCGCGAGAUUAUAGACAUUCUAUGAUUGUCAGUCUUUUUCAAGAUUUCUUCAUAACAUUUUUCAGAAAAAUAUUUUUAUUAUUCUAUUCUAUCAGAGUUUGUGUGAGUGAAGAAAAUUGCCGAUUGAGGUAUAAUUUAACUCUAUCGGCUCAUUGUCAUAUGCAUAAAUUUUAAAGUGUAUAAUUAUUGUAUUAUACAAUAUUGUGAAUUUUACAUUUAAUUAUUUAAAAGAAGGAAAUUAGAAAAAAUUGUAAUCUCUGAAACACACACAAUGAUUCAUGAUUAAUGUCUUUUCUGGAGAACAGAUAUCGAUAACCUCGACAGAGAAGUAAAUUAAAAAUUAAAUAUGCACGUGUUAGAUUUUACGUUUAAGAUAUUAAUGAUUUGCGGAUGCUGGAUACCGGAUUCCUGGACAACACCGUACAAACGAUUAGUUUAUCAUGUGUACACUAUUUUUAUAAUUCUACUAAUAUACACGUUUAUGCUAUCGCAAUUGAUGGAUUUAAUUUUAAACGUGGACAAUGCCGAUGAUUUUACCGAUAAUUUCUACAUGCUUCUCGCCAUGAUCGUCUCGUGCUGUAAGAUGUUUACCUUGCUGAUGAACCGCAGUAAUAUCGUGAUGUUAAUCGAUAUCCUUGUAAGGAAACCAUGUAGACCGGAUCAGUCUGACGAAAUCAAGAUUCAGCAGAAAUUCGAUAGACUUAUACAGACAAACACACUUUACUAUGCAAUCCUGGUGGAGACAACGUGUGUAUGCAUUGCCGUGACAUCAUUGCUGACAGAAUUCAGUAAAGGAAGAUUGACAUUCAGAGCAUGGUUACCAUUCAACUAUACGUCGCCGUCACUGUUUCGCAUUGUAUACAUACACCAGCUGAUAGGUUUAACGGCCGGGUCUGUUCUUCAUGUAGCUUGUGACGGUCUUAUAUGUGGUCUGCUGGUGCAUGUUUGCUGUCAAAUUGAAAUAAUGGAAUGCCGUUUGAGAAAAAUUGGUCGCAACCGAGAUAUCCUUCGCAAAUCCCUUCUUCAGCACAAUACUGUAUUCAAACUCGCUGGCUUGGUAAAUGAAAAAUUUAGAUUGACUAUCGUCAUACAGUUUAUUGUGAGUACAUUGGUAGUAUGCUUUAAUCUAUAUCAAUUUACUAAAUCGACAGCGUUAAAAGCGAAAUAUAUGCAAUUAAUUAUGUAUAUGGGUUGCAUGCUGUCGCAAAUUUUCUUAUAUUGCUGGUACGGGAACGAAGUUAAGUUGAGGAGCCGUCAACUGGUCAAUAACAUAUUUGAAAUGGAAUGGUUUGAACUGGACAAUUAUACUAAACAAUCAUUAUUAAUGAUCAUGAAACGUGGUACAAUACCAAUCGAGCUUACCAGUGCCUACGUUAUCUCUAUGAACCUCGAUUCAUUUGUGAAUUUACUUAAGACAUCCUAUUCAGCUUAUAACAUACUUCAGCAAAUAAUUCUAGUGAAGCAUUAUUAUGUCGUAAUAUCGCAAUAUCAAGUUUGGAAAUCCGUUAUAAAAAUGCGUAUAUUGGACUUUACAUUAAAAAUAUUGACGAUCUGUGGCUGCGGGCGACCGGAAUCCUGGACAACGCCGUACAAACGGUUAGUCUAUUACAUGUACACAAUUUUCAUAUUGCUACUAAUACACACGUUUAUGCUAUCGCAAUUGAUGGAUCUGAUUAUAACUGUGGACAAUUCCGACGAUUUCACCGAUAAUUUUUACAUGCUACUCGCCAUGAUUGUAUCUUGCUGCAAGAUGUUUGCUCUGUUGAUGAAUCGCAACAAUAUUGAGAUGUUAAUUAAUACUCUUACGAAAAAACCGCUUCAGCCGAUUGAAUCUGACGAGAUGGAAAUUCGACAAAAAUACGAGAAAUUAAUACAAUCAAAUACGUUUCACUACGUUAUUCUGGUAGAGACAACGUGUCUAUGCGUUAUCGUAACGUCGCUAUUGACGGAAUUCAAAAAAGGCAAAUUGACAUUCCGGGCGUGGCUGCCAUUCGACUAUUCGUCGCCGCUACUAUUUCUCUUUGUAUACGCUCAUCAAUUGAUAAGUUUUACAGUCGGAUCUGUUCAUCACGUAGCUUGCGACAGUCUCAUAUGCGGAUUACUAGUGCACAUUUGCUGUCAACUAGAGAUAUUGGAAUGUCGUAUAAGAAAAGGCACACGUAAUCCGAAAAUUCUUCGCGAUUGUGUUUUUCAGCACAAUCAUAUAUUCAAGUUUGCUCAUAUGGUGAAUGAUAAAUUCAGGAUAACUAUUUUUAUUCAAUUUGUCGUAAGUACGCUGGUAGUGUGUUUCAAUCUGUAUCAAUUUACCAAGUCAACGGCACUAAGAGCAAAGUAUAUGCAAUUAAUACUGUAUAUGUGCUCCAUGCUAUCGCAAAUAUUUUUUUAUUGCUGGUGCGGGAAUGAAGUUAAAUUGAGGAGUCGACAAUUGGUAGAUAAUGUGUUUGAGAUGGAGUGGUUUGACCUGAAUGAAGAUGCCAAGAAAGUUCUAUUAUUGAUCAUGAGACGCGGUACAAUACCAAUCGAAUUUACCAGUGCCUCUGUUAUUUCUAUGAAUCUCGAUUCAUUUGUGGGUUUACUCAAAACAUCGUAUUCUGCUUACAAUAUACUUCAGCAAACGCAAGAUUCAUAA